GCCUGAGUUCUGCAAUGCUAGCAUGUCGCAAGGGCGGUGCCUGGCAACUUGCGCUGGCUUUGCACUCGCUUUGCGAAGGCAAUGACUUCAGUAAUUGCAUUGCGAUUGGCGCUUGCGAGGAAGCGAGCCAGUGGCUUUUGGCGCUUCGACUCUUUUCCUCAAAAUCAAAUGAGUUUUGCUUUCACGCCACCAUGAGCGCUGCUGGGGCAGCGAAGAGGUGGGAGACGUCGCUCUCGUUAUUGCAGGGCAUGGCAGAAAGUGUCCUGGUGCCUAGCACAGUGAGCUUUAAUACUGCCAUGAAUUCAUUGAGCGGAGGAGAUCUGUGGCGGGUUUCAUUGAGUUUUUUUAGAGACAUGCAGCGAAUGCGUUUGGUCGCUGAUGCCAUCAGCUUGAACUCGGCCUCGUUUGCUUUAGAAUUGGCAGGCCAUUGGCCUUUGGGCUUCGCAUUGCUAUCUUCGUUGGAAGCUGCAGACCGUGAGAGUGAGAUGAUCCUCAAGGCUGGCCCUUGGGAUCAUUCUUUGGCCAAAUUGGAGCAGAUGGUUCGCUUCAGGAUGAAGCUGGACAUCGUCAGCUGCAAUAGCAUCAUCAGUCGCUUGAGCCGGGUGGGCAACUCACUUGCGCUGAAGCUUUUGGCGAGGCUCCCACAACUACAUUUGAAGCCGGAUCUUUAUUCGGUUAAUGCGGCCAUGGCAUUUGCCGAGUGGACAAAAGCCUUAGAUUUGCUCGCAGCUUUGUCAACGCAACUCCUGGAGGCAGAUGCAGUGAGCUACAGUACCGGCAUCAGUGCCUGUGGCCGCGCACUGCGCUACAAUCCUGCACAGCAGCUCUUGCAGGAGGCUGUAAAGAGCAAUCUGGCAAACCAGGUUGUGUACAAUGCUGCCAUCAGCGCAUGUGGUGGCCGCUGGGAGCAAGCCUUGGCGUUGCUUUGGCAAACGCCCAUGGAUGAGAUCAGCUUCAAUGCAGCCAUUGAUGCUUGUGAGCAGGGUGGUCAAUGGCAGGUCGCUCUCCAACUGCUGUUCGCUGCAAGAGACGCCGGUAUGAGCUCAGCGAUUGGCGCCAAUAGCGCUUUGAGCGCUAUGGAAAAGUGUGGACAGCUUCUUCCGGCCUUGCACCUUCUCCAGCAGCACCUUGGUCUCAACUGUGCAUUGUAUGAGACGAGGUGAUCCAGUGGUUCCAUGU